AUGGAGGUCGCAAGAACAUUUGGUAGUACUCAAACAGCUUUUUUCACUCAUGCUGAUACCAAACAAACGGAAGAUGGAAAUACCUUAGUUAUCACAGUUUCAUCGGAUAGAGGACUUUGUGGUGGUAUUCAUAGUAGUGUAUCAAAGUUUUCGAGAAAAAUUAUUGAAGGGAAACCAGAUUCUCAAGUAGUAGUAUUAGGAGAUAAGGCAAAAGCUCAACUUUCACGUUCUAUACGUGAAAAUAUUAAACUUUCUUUUAAUCAAAUUGGAAAAUCUAUCCCUACUUAUAAUGAAGCAAGUUCUAUCGCUGAUGUUGUUUUAAAAGAAAAGCUUGACUUUGACCAAGCCACUAUUGUAUAUAAUUAUUUUAAAUCUGUUAUAUCUUAUGAGGCACAAACUAUUCCCGCUUUUUCCGAUGAUGUUUUGGAAAAUUUACAAGAAUUCGCCUUUGCAAAUUCCAUUUACUGGGGACUUGUUGAAGGUCAUGCCGCUGAAAUGGCUUCUAAACGAAGUGCUAUGGAAAAUGCUACCAAGAACGCUGGUGAAAUGAUUGAAAAACUUACUAUGACAUAUAAUCGUGGUCGUCAAGCUGCCAUUACUAAUGAAUUGGGUAAGAAAGGGUGUGAUUUUCCUAUAUAA